AUGGAUACCGAAGACAGCCCCGGGAUCCCCAGAUCCAGCAAACGGCGCCGUCUCAAUUUCGCAUGCAACUACUGUCGGAGUCGCAAGACGCGCUGCGACGAGCAGCAGCCCUCUUGCCAGGCUUGUAUACUGGCUGGAGUACCUUGCGUUACGGAAGAUAGGCGCAGACCGGGGAAGGUGAUUAAAAGACGAGAGGCGGGCAAGUCAACGGAUGGAGGGUCUGUUACGUCUGCGAGUCCGUCGGAGUAUGGAUUGCAGGCUGGGGCAGUGGAGAGGAGACAUUCUGUUGCUGAGCCACAGACUAUAGAGGUUGUUACUGGGCCUAUUCGCGCGAGGUCACAGAGUCCGAGGCCGUCGCAGAGUAGAGACUCUUCUCAUACAGAUACGAUAAGCAACCCGCUACCGAUCUGGCGACAAAGCGCUGGUACCACGUCUUUCCAGGUGCUGACGGAAUGGCUCGACCUGGCUUGUUUCCGGCUCAGCAUCCCUUACCAUUUUGGUUCCUAUCCCCCGUCUACUCUGAACCCGCAAUCGGCAUCUCAGCCACAGCACGGAAUUCCGAUCACCCCGGAGACUUGGGUACCCCAGACUCUGUUCGAUGCGUAUGCGAGAGAGAUACAUACGUUCUACCCUGUUGUGAGGCUCGACCAAGCGCGUGCGGAUGUAGUACAGUCUCACCCAGGGAACUUGGCAUCGCAUGCUGUCGACAUUGCAGCGCUGAGAAGUCAUCUGCUCUUUGCUGCGGGCGGAUGUAUUCUUCAACAUGCCGAGCGAAAGGCCUACAUGACUGAAACACUUGCACUAGCCCGAAACGCACUGGGAUAUCUCAUCGGCAACGUAUCAUACGACACAAUUGAAGUCCUCUUUCUAUUCUCAGUAUGUCUCCGCCUCAACGACGAAAUCAUUUCAGCCUGGACAACUCUCGGCAUCUGCCUUUCUAUCGCCCACUCUCUCGGCCUCAACAAACCUGGAAAGAAUAGGAAGAAACCUCUGGAUCUCGACGCCUGGAAUCCUGCGUGGUGGGCUCUAUACAGCUAUGAGAAGUUAUUCUCAUUCCAGCUUGGAUAUGUAUCAACCAUCUCGGAUGAUGCAUUUGACACAUUGGAACUAGAUGUAGUUAAGUCUGCUACCCUUGAGCCAUCACGUAUUGCGUUAUCGAUGGCGAAUGUGUUUAGCAAGAUGAGUCGUCGUUGCGCUACGGCGAGACAACUUGAGGAGAGGGCUAGUAGAAGGGCUCUUGAGGCGGUGGUUAAGGAGAAGGUUACUAGUACUGGAGAGGCGUUUCUGAUGCUGACGAACUGGGCUAAUAGUGUCCCUACCGGUAUAAGACCUACGUCGGAUUUUAUGCGCAUCCCAGAAAACCUGGGCCUCGCAUCAUUCGUGUCUCUGCACUACCACAACGCUCUUAUAAUGCUGAACCGCAACUCUCUUCUGAUCAGCAAAAACGCUCUGCACAUGGCAGUAGAGAUCAUCGCCAAAGACACACCAUGGGAAUACCAGAUCCGCAACGGUCAAUCGAUGGUUGCAAAUUCCGCACGAAAGAUCAUUCAUCUUCUCGCUGAUAACGAUGAUUCGGCGUCGCAUCUUUUCGCACCUGCUUAUUUUCCGCUGCUUCAUGCUAUGUAUGUCUUGGCUGUUCAUAUUCUGAAACAGCCGCACUCGCGUGUUUCCAAGAUCGACCAAAGUCUUCUAGUAACUGCUGCUGACUUGGUUCGCUGCUACUGCGUUGGUCUCGGCGAAGAAGAUCGUCUGAACACUAUUUUAAAUGGUCUUCUUCGUGUCGUCCAAGAAGCUAUGAAGCCUAACCCACCACCAACCGAUACCGACCGCAACACGCCGGCGCUAAACUCAUCAACAAGCUUGUCUGAUCAGAAUGUGACACCUUUGACCGAUCAACAGACACUCACAGAGGCCGUUGGCCAGUCCGAUCCCGCACUUCCUCCUCAUUUCUCAAUGGACGAGAGCAUACUUGAUCCAUUCUCAGGCCAGCCAUUCAAUAUGCCGAUACUACCUGAUGAGAUUGGAUGUGACUGGGCGGACUUUGAAAACUUGCUGCAGAGACUUGAGAGCGAAGGGUCUUUGUAUCCUACCGAUGAAGGAAUGAUUAUUGAUAUAUAG